AUGUAUAUCCAAUUUCCGUUCUUGCAGAUGGACGCGUGGCGGCCGAUCUGGUCACGGGCGACGGACGUGGCCGACGUGGACAAAAGCGCACUCGCGGGGAGGAGAGAGAGUAGAGGAUUCUUGUCCUCUCGCUUUUGAUCCACCGUUUCUGGACACGGAUUUAUAGCCGCCCCAAGAUAUUUUCCGUGGCUGACCACGAUCCUCAUUCGGUUCCGUCCCUAACUCCCGCUUAACGUCCGCUUGACACGCUGACCCGCAUCCCCUCACCGAGUGACUCUAACGCCCACAGAGGCCAGACAGGGGCGGUGAACGCAGGCGCCGGUGGAAAGCAAAAGCAGAAGCCGCGAGAUGCCACGUUGGCAGGACGGAGGAGGUCUUCCACCACAAAAUAUACGAACAUUUCGGAGCUAUUUUUAAUAGAUAAAAAUAAUUAUUGACGUGGCGGUAGCGCAGCUCUCGUUCCUCCUCUCUCUCCUCCCUUUUCUAGUACCUUCUUCUCCUUCUCUCCCUCGCCACAAGUCCUGAGCUUUAUUCACCUCCAUCUCUUUCUCUCUCUCUCUCUCUCUCUCUCUCUCUCUCCCUUCGGCUCCUCGUUUUUUUCCUUCGCCGGUUAUCCAAGGGGGGGGCGAAGCUUGCUGCGGAGACGGCCGGCGGCCUGUGUCGGAAGCGAAGAUCUUUCUUCCUGGAGGCUGGGAAGCAGAUACUGUCCGAGGAUAAUCCCAUUUUUUUCUGAGACCGGAAGGGGGGGCGUCUUCGUUGGCUCUUGGUUUUCCUCGUCUUCCUAAGAAUCUGUGCCUCUGCUUCCACCGCUUCUUCCUCCGAAGGCCACUUCUUCCGGUCCUUCCGUUCUCUCCAUCCCGAGCUGUAGGAGCUCCUCUGACUCGGGGAUACCGUCUGCUGGAAGUCAAGCCGGAUCUGGCGCUAUCCUUCUUUGAGCUACUCGCGGCUCUUUUGGUCUAUUCGAAAAUAGCUCUCGGUAGAUAGGCCGAUCUGUGGUGCUCUGCAACAGGAGCAGGACCGGAGAGCAUAGGCCGUGGAUAUCCAUUGUGUCCUCGCGUCGAUCUGUGUCCCGUCGUCUGUUUUGACCAUUGCAACGUGUCACCGGAAGGGCAUCUGAGAGGCCUUGUCCCGUCUUCUUGUUUCGAUUGGUUGGUCGCUGCUCACGGAGAGGUCGCGAAUUCAGCGAAAGACGAUUAGCAGAAAUCUGUAAAUUGAUUUGGUUUCGAUUGGGAGUCUUUUGUCUCAGUCAAACCAUGUAUCGAAGUACAAGGGGGAUCACAAAUCACCGGAGGGGUUGUCUCUGUAACCUCUGAGAGUUUUUUGGCAACCUUUUUGAUUUUGGGAACAACUGGGAGGAUCGAGCGAUUGGGGAAGCUGAGGGCGCCUGCUGCAACGUCUGUUCAGGUAAAUCUCUAACCACGUCGCUUUUCCCUCUUUUCUAGUUUCCUUCUGCAAUUAUCUUUGCGGUACGAAUGAUAUGAUAGCAUGUUUCCAUGGAACUUCUGCUGCUUUCAAAAUUCUGGGAGGCUGCAAAUUUCUGAUGUUCUUCACUUCAAUCGUUUUUUUACCUAUGAAUAUUUUAUUUUUCAAAUUUCCGAGAGCUUGUAUACGGACGCCGAUGAGUUUUCUCUAGGGGCUGAUAACUUGUCGAUAUCAAGAAAACUGGGGAACAAUUUAAUUUAAUCGUAUUUUAUUUUACUCUCGGAUAAUAAUUUGUUUCAUCUUGUGCUUCUGCUACCAGGACAAAUCUGGGUUUGCGCGUUGAUUCUUCUGUGAUAGACAGCAGUUCGAUUCUAAUGGACGCCAUACUUCCACCAGCCCAGAUCACGCGAUCGAAGGAGAUGUGUUCUUCCAUGGAGGAUCUCGGCCCCAAGGUCUGUGGGAACGUGUGGAUCGGAUGUGAUCUGGUUCCAUUUUCAUUUUGAUUCUUAGUUUCUGACUUUUUUUCUCUCGAACAGGUGAGGAAACCUUACACGAUCACCAAGCAGAGGGAAAGAUGGACGGACGAUGAACACCGCAGGUUCCUUGAGGCUCUUAAACUCUACGGCCGAGCCUGGCGCCGCAUAGAAGGUAUUAAAAUCAGUGCUCUCCGUGCAUCUCGUUCCGGUUUCCUCCUUGCUAGGGGCCAUUCUUCUAACUCGAUGAUCUUGGUCUCAGAAUUCAUCGGUACGAAGACUGCGGUUCAAAUCCGAAGCCAUGCCCAGAAGUUUUUCUCCAAGGUGACCUUUCCCCAUUACAGAACCCACCCUUCCUCUCCCUACAGGGUAUGCAGAAAUGUCCCAUUCUUGAAGAGAGUCAUUUCAAACAUUCUCCACCGCUUUACUCCUGUUGGAAGCUGCCUCUCAUGCUCAUGGGAUUUAUCUUCGUGGAUCUUUCAGGUGGUUCGAGACACUGCCACAGGCGGAGCAAGUUCCGUGGAACCCAUAGACAUCCCUCCUCCUCGCCCAAAGAGAAAACCUGUUCAUCCUUACCCUCGCAAACUGAGACAUUCCGUCCCCAAUGGCCUCGCCGCCUCAGCCCCAGAAGAAAGAUCUCCUUCUCCGGUGCCAUCUCUCUCCGGGCAGGAACACAGGUCCCCCACCUCCGUUUUAUCCGCCGCCGGUUCAGACGCCGCUGGCGCGUCGGGUUCCACCCACCAUAACCCUCGUGCCUCCCCGGACUCACCUGCAAGUGGGUCGAUGAAUCCACCCAGCUGGGGGCUCGUUGACCGAUGUGGAUCCUCUGUUCUGUCCAGCGGAGAGGAAAAUGGAUCUCAAGUAGGCAAUUCCCCCACGGUAACUAUCUUAUUAUCUUUUCAUCUUUGCUCGUGAAUUGCCAUGGAUUUCCAUCUGACGACCCUCGAUCUCCAUGUCCAGAAAACUGAUGUCAGCUCCCAAGAUUUCUUCUCCUCGGAGGGGACAUCCUCCGGUGAAACAACCCCGACGAGCCUCAAACUCUUCGGUAGGACUGUCCUUGUGGCGCCCGCCGCCGCCACCAACUCGCCGCCUCUCAAGGACGGAGGAGCUCACGGUCAAGCAGAACAAGAAAGUCAACCGCAGCAGCGGUGUGAAUGGAACCUGUGGCCAUGGGGGAUGAUGCCGCCGCAGAUGAUCUUCUGCCCACCUCUCCCUCCGGAGCUCACGAACGUGACAGAGGCUGCGGCCAUGGCGUCUCUCCCCUGGUGGGCUUCCUUGCAAUUCCCACCGGUCAACCCUUGCCAGGUCAACCCUCCCCAGAAGGAGAGCUCCCGGACUGGUUCUUGCGCCGCCAACGAGAACUCCGGCGAGGAAACCGGCGGUGCUUCCUCAGAGAACGAGGGACGAGGGUUCGUCCCCUACCGACGAUGCCUGGCUGAAAGGAAAGCUGGGCAAUUGAAACCCGCAGAAGGAAUUCGCCUCUGCUUGUAG